AUGAACUUGUCGUAUUCGUUGUUCAGAGGAGCUUCCAUCCAAUUAGACGCAAUCGACCUGGAUCUUCAUCACGCCUCGACCAAGAUCGCAUCGCUCGCCUCUGUAAAGAAUGUGUGGCCCGUCCGUUACUUUGAGCAUCUAGCCAAUGGUAAAGGUUCAUCUGGAAACAGCAAUAUCGGCAAAUUGAACCAUCUAUCUAAGCAUUUCGCAAGGACAACGGCAGACAAUGAUACUGUCGGGUAUGCGCCUCACGUUUUAACCCAAGUUGACAAACUCCACGCAGAAGGGUUUACCGGUAAAGGCAUCCGCGUCGGCCUCGUCGACUCAGGAGUUGAUUACAACCACCCUGUCCUAGGAGGCUGCUUCGGCGAAGGUUGCAUCAUCAGCUAUGGAAAGGACCUAAUCGGCGACGACUUCAACGGCACAAACACGCCUGUCCCCGAUCCUUAUCCUCAAGAUUGCCUCGGCCACGGAACACAUGUCUCUGGCAUCAUCGCCGCUCAGGAGAACUACCUGGGCUUUAUCGGUGCUGCAUAUGGCGCAAACUUGGGCAUGUACAAGGCGCUGAAUUGCGCUGGCGUAUCUUCCAACGACGUGCUGAUUGCCGCUUUCAACGAGGCGUACGAAGACGGGUCGGACAUAAUCUCGCUUUCUGUCGGCAUCAUCUCUGGCUGGAAAGAGGAUCCUCUGGCAAUCGCCGUCUCACGGAUAAUUGACGCGGGUGUUCCUUGUGUCAUUGCAAACGGCAACAAUGGCCCUUUCGUCUUCAGCUCGGCGACUCCCGCGGAUGGCAAAGGGGUCAUGGCAGUGGCAUCUAUAGAAAAUACCAUGACGCCUUUGCUGGGGACUGAAGGCUUCACCAGCUUAGACAGCUCUUCCGAAAAUCUGACUUCCUUUGUCUGGAUUCCUGGAACUCCAGCAUUUCCCAACAUUACUUUACCGCUAUGGGUUGUUACGCCGAAUACGACGGCAUAUGGCACCUGGAAUGCUUGCAGUCCUCUCAACGAGAAUGCACCAGCAGAUCUCAGCGACAAACUUGUUCUCGUGGAGCUGAGCGACUGCAGUGACCCUGAUAUUGCCAACAGUCUUUUGAAGAACAAUGCAAAGUACAUCAUGUUCUACAGCUCUGACGAUGACCUCUCAAACCUCUACAGCGUCAGCACUACCCCAGAGACUCUCGGCUCCGGCAUGGUCCCCCGGCAGCAAGCCCUGGUAUGGCGAGACCUAUUGGGAGACGGUACGGAAGUGUAUGCGACAAUGAUUGAGCCUCAAUCUGCCGGCACUGCUGCCGCAUUCUUUCCAAACGACUCGAAUGGCGGCUGCGUUGAUGAGUUUUCAAGCUGGGGCCCAACAUGGGAGGCAGACCUGAACCCACGCAUCUCGACACCGGGAGGCUCAAUCCUUUCCACUUAUCCGUUGUGGAUGGGAGGUUACUACGUCGACUCUGGGACGUCCAUGGCUGCACCUCUCAUGGCUUCGAUAUACGCCUUGAUCAUGGAGGCAAGAUCCAUUAAAGACCCCAAAACCCUGAUGGGCCUGGUCUCGUCUACGGCAAAUCAAAGGAAAUACGUUGACUAUAACACUGGCAUCUUCUAUGAAGGGUUGGCUCCCGUGGCGCAACAGGGUGCUGGUUUAGCUCAGGCAUAUGAUGCAGUUCACGCAACCACGACCCUCAGCGUGUCAAGCAUCUCUCUGAACGAUACAAACCAUUUGGUGAACAGCACGGAUUUCACAAUCACCAAUGGAGCCAAACAAGCAGUGACUUACUCCGUCGGCCACGUACCGACUUUGUCUAGAGAAGCUUACAAGACUGGCCAGUCUACGCUGGGAAGGUCUACAACUCCUAGCAAUGCUACAGCAACUCUCACCUUUUCGGAGACAAAAGUCACAGUUCCAGCAGGAGGGUCCGCUAAGAUUACCAUCGAAGUAACUCCUCCGCAAGGACUCAACUCAUCAAAUCUCCCCGUCUACGGAGGGUACAUCACUCUGAGUGGUUCCAACGGCGAGAACUUGGUUCUCCCUUACCUCGGAGUUGCUGGAAGUCUCAAGAAUGCUCGGAGUAUAGACCCAGGCUACAGCUUCAUCUAUCAUACCACCGGCCGCUUCCCACAAGAAGCACCCGACAACGACACGUGGACGAUACCAUAUCCUACAGUCGGCAGCAAGCCUUCUACAUCGUCAACUAUUGACUACCCAGCGCUUGGUGUUGAGGCGGAUGCCGGCAUCCCGUUGCUAAGAGCAGACAUCAUUCCCUUAGGUGCUACGCCAGCAAAGACCACCAACAUUCUGGGAGUCGAUGUCGCUGGUAGCCUGCAUGGCUACCCAGUGAGAUGGCUCAACACAAACAUCAACCAGGUCGCGUUCAAUGGGGUAACGCAAGAAGGGACAAUUCUGCCAGAAGGCAACUAUGCGGUGUUGCUGCGAGCGCUGAAGAUCUUUGGAGACGAGGAGAACCCGGGUGACUACUUUACGAAACAGACUGGUUCAUUCAACAUCAAGUAUGCGUCUUCAACAACAUAG